AUGACUAAUUCGACACAGUUUUCAUAUUUCUCACUUGGUGCCUACUUUGACAUGGGGGGGUUUCAAUUCCUAUAUUUCAUGGUUAUUCUGUGUUUGUACAUUUUAAUUGUUGGUUCCAAUCUUUUGCUGAUUGUAGUUAUCUGUCUGAACAGGAGCUUACAUGAACCCAUGUACAUUUUUCUGUGCAGCCUGUUUGUAAAUGAGCUGUAUGGCAGUACAGGGUUGUUUCCAUUCCUUCUGGUUCAGAUCCUCUCUAAUUCUCACACUGUUUCGGCUUCUUUUUGUUUCCUGCAGACUUACUGUUUGUAUUCUUAUGGAAGUAUAGAAUUUUUAAACCUAUCAGUCAUGUCUUAUGACAGAUAUCUUUCUAUCUGCCAUCCUCUACAAUAUAACACACGUAUGACAUAUAAGAAGGUUGCCAUGCUUAUUGCCGUUACCUGGUUUUUAGUAUUUCUUGUAAAUUUUGUUUCACUAUCUUUGACUGUCCCUUUACAGCUGUGUGGGAACAUCAUUAACAAAGUGUAUUGUGACUACCACUCUGUGGUGAAACUGGCCUGCUUUGACACAACAGCUAAUAACAUCUAUGGACUCAUUGCUUCUGCUCUCUCAGUUUUUGGUCCCCUAAUUUUAAUCCUUUACACUUACACUCAAAUCCUUAAAGUGUGUUUUUCUGGUUCCAAGCAGACGAGGCAGAAAGCUUUCAGUACCUGCACACCUCACCUCGCUUCUCUGCUCAACUUUUCUUUUGGAGCUUGUUUUGAAAUAUCACAGAGCAGGUUUGAUAUGAGCAGUGUACCCAAUAUGUUGCGCAUUUUUUUAUCAUUAUACUUUCUUACGUGCCCGGCACUCUUUAACCCAGUAAUGUAUGGACUGAAACUGUCUAAAAUUCGUAAAAUGAUAUCAAAAUAUAAUCCGACAUCAGCAUCUGUAGUAAAGUACAAUGUGUCCCAUUCCUUUUUCUGCUGUUAUUAUGAACUUGUAUACUGA